GUAACGAGGCAUUCUUGAAAAUUACAAUCGCAAUUUGUCAAAUGAGUUAAUUUAGUUAAAAUUCAUUUUUGACUUUAUUACAAGCCUCGAUCAAAAUUGCAUGCGCAAUAUCACAGACUUUGCGUGUUUAGACCAUUCACGGAUCACGGUCAAAUUAAACUCUUUGUGCUUCUCUGUCCGUUUUGUUACGUUAAAGGAACUUAGAAGUUAAAAUUGCUUUUCUCUAUAAUGUAGUAGGAAAGCCAUUUUAUGCUCUUGAAUCUGAAUCUGUGAUAGAGUUUCCACUGAAUAUGCCUAAGUAGACUCUAACUUAGCUUUCAAUCGCUUUGUUUUCAAAUUUCCAACCACUCUGUGACUUCAACAGCCCUACGGGCUUUAUGGGAUUUGAUCACGUGACGUACCUGUAUUUAUAUCCCGAUAUACAUCCAAAAAUGAUACCUUAUUUCUUAAUUGUUUGAAUUUAUAAAUUAGAAACAAGUAGAAAAUAUAUAACCGUGCGCACAAAUUUAUUUUGUUCUGUCUAAAAACUUUGCCUAUUAUAAAAGAUAUUUUGAUAUUUUAUCACUCACCCGCAAAAACUUUUUUCAUUGGAUGUCCAAAAUAAAAUUGAUGUUGCCUAAUUACCCCUUUAAAAACAAAGGUACCUAAAAGGGGAUCUUGAUACAGAUUUCUAGCGAAUUGGGUUGAAGAACUGUACAUUUUGCAUACCCGGUACCCCUGGUACAUGUGUCAUUUGUAUGGUGAAUUGACAUCAGAAAAAUGAUCUUAUUUCUAACCUUUAAACAGUCACAUAUCAACACAAGUAAACUUUUGUCAGGUAAUCACAUAUUUAAUAAAUAUGAAAAUAUUGACUGGAGCCAGUUUUCACAGUACCCACAGUCUCUAGGAUCCUGUAAAAUCUACAAUUUUUGAGAAAAGUUACCUUGACCUUUUCAUCAGGUUGUCUGAUGCCUUCGGUGAUGGUGAUGUCAGUUUGACCUACUUGUUUAUACCUUGAAUAACAGAUUCUCCAACCAUCUCAGCUAUUAUUUAACUAUGAUUGACCUGGAGUUGUUCAUAUUGCAUAAUCUUAUGAAAUGGGUAUGCAUAUCUACUGCAUAUAAUACCCCAUGAGGUUUGAAGCAAUUUUUUUAAGGCCCUCCCACCACCCCUUUGUUUAUUCAUUUUUUGGCCUGAAUACUUCAGCCACUUCUUCCAUCUGUCUCUCCUGUUUUAAAAUAACUGUAUCAGAUUCUGAGAGGAGACUUUUAAACUGUCAAGUGUGAUUGCGUGUGAUUCGAUGUAUGGUUAUGCAAUGUGCAAGGGCUCCUGUUGCCCUGAAUAAGUCAGAAGUUCCUGUAGACAAAUUGAUAAACUGUUGUGCUGAGCCUGGCAAGAGAAUUUGGGUUUCUUAGUUGACAUUUUGCUAUAUGUUCUGGAAGAAGAUGGCUGUAUAAUGAUUGACCCAUAAAAUUUGUUUUAUGUUUAUUUUUCAUUCCUAUUUCGAGCAGAGGAAACCAUGUUAAUGUCUUGCAGUGCAUAUCUAGGGUGAAGACAAUGAGAUUAUGCAAUGCUGAGACUUAUUUUUGGGUUGUAAGUUGAUGAAAGGAUAUACCGUAGGAUUCAGAUAGUUAUGCAGUCAAUUCUGCUUGAAAUGAGUGCACUGUGAGUAAUCUAUUGAUGGAUGGACAGUGGAAGUACCGGUAGUAUUUUGAGUGAGUAACUACGGUAUUACAAGCAGACGUUAUGCUGGGAGGAUCCUAGUUUACUUGUGUUCACUUUAUGUGUGAUUCAGAAGUCAGUUACAAUUGACUAUGGCAUCUUUAAUUUUGUGCAAUAAUCUUCAGCAUGUUUUCCGUUCAUAUCCUCCGGGAUGAAAAGACAAGUCACAAGGAGCUGAAUCCUCUGAUGCCUAAUAUGACUGGCCUCUACGGGCCCAUAGACUGCUCAGAACAGGAAUGUGACCAGAAGAGUCCUGAUUCCUCAGCUGGGGCAUCCAUGACCUUCCAGAAGAAGGACAAGACAUGUCUGGUCUGUGGGGACAAGGCGCUGGGCUACAACUUCAAUGCUGUCUCAUGCGAGUCCUGCAAAGCAUUUUUCCGCAGGAACGCCCACAAGGUGAUUCGUGGGCGAUGUGAGGGCAGAUGUGACAUCACAGUCGAAUCCAGGUCCUUCUGCAAGAAAUGCCGCUUGGCCAAGUGCUUUACUGUGGGCAUGAGAAAAGACAUGAUAUUAAAUGAUGAGCAGAAACAAGUAAGAAAGCAGAAAAUCAUUAUAAACAAAUUACGUAAACAUGGGCAGCUUCCACCGGAAGACACUUACGCUGCCUCAAGACAAGACGUCAAUGAUUCCUUGCAGGAUAGCAUCCGUUCACAGAAUCUCCAUAACCUGCGAAUGUCCUUUCCAAACUUAUCAGACAAAGAACUCGACGUUCUUAUGAAAAUGAAGGUGGAACAAUACUCAGAGGGAAAAGAUUCUUCGUCAGAGCUCAAAUAUCCAAGUUGGAGUGAAUCCCAGGGAAUCGUGGCAGACAUCUUGGCUAACUUACCGGAGAUUGACCAGUGUAUACUCAAUGAGUUGAGGAUUGCACAUGAACAGAGUUCCUUUCUGGCCAACACAACAACUUCCUUAAAAGCUCCACCCACAAAUGCUACAGAGUUUGUGAACUUAGCUGAAGGUUUUGUGAGGAGAAUUAUCAAGGUGGCAAAAAACAUUGAAUUCUUUAAAAUGAUCUGUAAAGAAGACCAGAUAGCCCUCUUGAAGGGUUCUGUUGUGGAGAUUAUGAUGUUGAGAUCGGCGAUAAACUACAACGUUGAGACGGAGUCAUGGAGCUUCAGCACCAUGAAGUGUUUGUCCAAACCUCCAGGCCCCUCAACAAGUUCUGAAUCAGGGUCUGGGGAAUCCCAUCCAGGGCAAUUGUCCCAGACAGAUCUAACAAAUCAACCUUUUUCUAAAGGGAUGGAAGCAUUUAGUGGGGCUGGUCAAAUGGGGGGACUUCCCAAUGAAGAGGAAAUGAAAAGACUGAGAGAAAUGAUGAGUUCUCGCAUCAAAGCAGAGGAAGGAGUGAAAAGUGAAGUGGGGGCUGUCAGCGCCAGUAUUCUCAAAGCUGGAGGCUCAGAAACUUACAACAUGUUCUUGACUUAUUCCAAGUUCAUCAAGUCUCUAAUGCGGACAAUUCAUGGAGAUUUGUUGGCACUGAAGCUUCUGAUCAUGUUGUCUCUGUUCUCGGCGGACAGGCAGGGUGUUCUAGAACAUGACAAGAUUCAGCAGAUACAAGAGUGUUAUGCUGGAAUCCUACAAAAAUACGUAGAGAGAAGAUUUCCGGAGGAUAAAAUCAUGUUUGCCAAAAUUGUUAUGAAACUGACUGAUCUUCGAAAUAUUAAUGAAGUGCAUACAAAAAUGUUGCUCAAAAUGAAGGUGGACAGUAUAGAACCUUUGUUGAUAGAGAUUUUCGAUUUGCCAAACGAGUGACCAUGACCUGCCAAGCUUAGCACCCAUCGCAUCAUUGUUAUUCAUCGUCACAAGUCUGCUUUUUCGUCACAUUGAUGAUUUGUAGUAUCCAUGUCGGACCAUCGAAGGUCAAGUAAUGAGAUUAAUGCCACCACUGCCGUCAAUGAUUUGUACUGCAAUGGUACGGAACAGAAACAUAUCUAUUUCAGGCUUGGUUAGUGUCUGGUACAGAAAUACUCAGUUUAGUGUAUCAGUCGAUCAUGACAUUUUUUGACAAGCAUUAUUUGUUUAAUGUACAAGUUGUUCUUUUUGGUGUUUUCCAUUCAUCUCUCCCUUUUUGUUUUUAAAAGAGGUGUUUUCUUAAAACAAAAUGAUAAGAAUUAAAGAAACAUAGUAGUCCAUGUUAAAAGUUACAUGUUUAAUUAAAAAUUACUUUUACCAAAAAUUAGAACAAUCAAGGUCUCAUAAAAAAAAUCCUGCAAUGACUAAGUCGUCUGCAUGAGAAAUGAUAAUCGGCCUUGAUAAUAGCUAUCACAGUAAGAGAGAAGAUGCAGCUUAGUUCUCAUUUAUUAAAAUCUUUAGUUUUCUUUGAAGGGGGUCACAACUUUUCAACAAGCCCCUGCGUUGUAAACCUGAAAAAUUUAGCUUGUAGAGAGUUUAAAAGGUCAUUUAUUGUCCAAAAAGGAAACAUUGAAUGUGUGUAAAUAUGUUGUGAGUAUUUGAAACCUUUUAUUCAAACAAGCAUUUUUGAAUUCCUGUUUGCUGUAUAAACAGUAUGGAAGUUUUGUUAAUUUUUCUUCUGAAUAGGGACCAAAACUAAGAAUGUGGGUAAAUUGAUAGAACGAAAGAAGUCUUCUAAAGGUCAAAUUCUACAAGUAGUCUUGUUGAGGCUCUUUACAAAAAUGAUAUUUUUUUUCCUAUUCAUUUUUUAUUCAAUUUGAAGUCAGAGUCGGUGCUUGAGAUGAGACGUAGCACUGACUGUUUAAAGCAAUGAACUCAAGCUGUCCUUACAUUUAUGAUCUACAUCAACAGUUCUCGAUAUAUCCCCAGGGUGGUCACAAGAAUCCAAGUCAUAUGAUGCAACUGCUCAUAUUCAUGCAUGAUGUUACUGUUAUAACUCUGUGUGUGUGAGAUAUAAAAAAAAAUAGGUCCAUCAAGCUGUGUUCUAGAUAUUUCUAAAAAAAAAAUACUGUAAACGUAUUACAUUUGGCUGUGUAUUCUUUUUGGUGUGUUUGGUGGAAUGCAGCUUCAGCUAAUUCAAGUAAUCUAAGCUAAAUGCUUUUCAUAUAUGUAUUAGAAUGAGCACAUUCAGAAAAAGGCCAAUUCAAAUCCACGCUAACUUGCUGAAAAAUAAUUUUCUGCCAAAUAUUGUACACGCCAAAUAAAAUAUGUUUACAGCAUCGUUGAGUUGUGUAUCAGAUACCGGUAUCUCAAAAAUAGAUAUAUCCUUGAGCUGUAUGUGAGAUAAUCCUGAGAGUACUGUGCAAGAUACUUUUAAACAGGUGCAGUGAGGUCUCUGUUUGAGCCCCUGCUUUAUAUGUUACAACUGUGCUUCAUUUCAGUAAGAAAGCCUGGGAUUUUUUUUUUCCAUUUUCCAUUUCUUGUUGGCUCUUUUUUAAUUGUAUUGAAACGUUUGUGAAUGUUGGUUAUUGUAUUGAUUGGCUGUAUGUUUAGCUUCUUCUCUUUCUGUGUUACAAGACUGUGUUAGGGUUUGUACAUAACAUUCAUUCCAGCUUCCUUUGAAGAAGUGAGCUAAAUGGCGACUAAGCAUUACUUGUCAAUAUACUUUCCUUUUUUGCUUUUUACAAUACUUUUUCAAUAGUUAAUGUUUUGAUUGUUAAAUGAUAAGGUGUUGAUAUUUCACUUUGUUAAUAGAUUUUCUUUUAGCUCAACAAGUAUUCGAUAUAUUAAUUGUUUCUUGUUAAGUCCUCUACCGGUGAAUACUGACCAGAAAUGUGUCUCCCUGUGCGAUAAAAGCUUUACUAUUUUGCUAUAGCUCUGAUGCUGUCAGCUCUGACAAUGUAAUGAACAUAUCAUGUGGUUUCUCUGUAUAUUUUUAUAGAUCAUAUGGCUUUUAAAAAAAACAAAACAUCUGUUUUAAUUGUGGAAAAAUUAUGAUUUGUUCGAAUAUUUGAAAUUAAGAAGAAGUUGCACACAUUUGGGGAUGAAUAGAAUAUUUAUCGCAUUCAUAUAUUAUUGAAUUCUGCUUUGUAGGCACCCACACCUGAUGAAUUAAUAGGUAAUGGGUUUCUUACUUCAUCAAAAGGAGGAUAUAAUCACACAUUAAGCUCCCUAUUGUUUAUGUUUGAGACAGUGCUGUUGAUUAGGCGUUUUUAACAGAUUUUUUAGAAGAUGGAGGUGAAAAGUUGCUGGAAAGAAAGAAAAAUCAACAUCUAGAAAAAAAAGCUUCUCUAGAUUUCCUGAAAUUAUUCUCAGAUUUGAUCAAUAAAGUAUAAAUGCAGGACGGAUAAACAGGAUUGACUAUUAUUUAAUUUUUAUGUAGCUCAGUUUGCCAAACUAAACCUUUGAAUCUAAAACAAUUACAUCAUCAUUAUAUUGUACUUUCCAAUAACCUUCAUAGGACAAUUUUAACAAACAGCGAGUCUUAAUUAGUUUAGUGUAGGUACAUAUGUAAAUUAGAGGGGACAAUUGACAGAUCUUUCUUGUUUUGCUUCGCCCUACAUUUCCUUCCCCUAAUUGUUUAAAUGGAUUGAAUUUAGAGAAAACGGUGAUUGAGAGGAUAAGUUGUUUGCUGUUACAUUGCCCUAGUGUUAGGACUGUCUGACCAGGCACAGCAUAAUAUAUCCAUCACUGGUUAAUCUCCUUUAUUUCUCUUCCCAAACAAUUGUAAAAGUAACCAUUGUAGAUCAGAUGACAAAUGUUAGACAUCUCCAAAACUCAGGACCCAUGGAUUGGAAAGAGAGGGAAUUUAUAUGUUGUCACAUCCUUCUGUAGUGUGCUACAUCAUCAAGCACAAGUGUGAAUAUAAUUAGUUAUCUCCACUAUCUCAGUAAAAAUAAGGUUAGAAGUAUCAUAAAAAUAAACUUCAUUGAAUUUUAAUUGUAUGAAACUUCACUACAGCACAACGUGUUUAAUAAGAAUUCCCUCAAACUCAAUAAAAAUGGUAAACUCUAUUGCAAAGUAUACUAGUAAUAUUCAAUUUUGUUUGGUUGUUAAGGAUUUGGCAUUAAGGGAAAAUGAAACGAUUGUUGAAGAAUCUUGUCAUUUAAUAUCCUGUUAAGUUCAAUGAAUUAAUAUUUAAGAAAUAUCACUCCAUUGUCCAUAUUUGAAAGUUGUAAGAUGUAUAAACAUUUUGAUUCUGCAGAAUUUUGAAUUUGGUAAUAUUUUUAUAAAUUUCAAACAGUGAGAUUUGAAUUGCUGGUAAGCAUAUUUGAAUGAAAAUGUUUUUGUAACUUUAAUAUUGCUCCAUAAUUAAAGGGACAUGGUCAUAAUUUUGGUAAAAUUUUAAUAUCCUAUUUUCAUUAUUUGACAUACUUUAGAAAUGCAUUUAUCAUUAUCAACCAAAAUUUGAAAGUCAGUCGUCAAGCUACCUGGUAUAAGCUAGAUACAGAGCUUACAAAUCUUUUUCAUGUAUGCAAGGCUUGUGUCCUGUUUUUUUUUUUUUAUGUUGGUUCAAUAUACCAGUAAACGUUCUUUUUCAAGCUGAUUUGUCUAUCUUCUAAUUUGUUUUGAACAUUAAUUCAUCACAUUAAUUUUAGAUCUAAAACUGGAGUUUUUACUUCAACAUAUUAAAUGCAAACAAAACAUGACGUACGCUUUGUUUACAUAGCAAAGAAUUGUAUUGUAUGUAUCUCACUUAUAACUCGAUGAUUGACACUCAAAUUUUGGUUGACUAUUACAAAUGCAUUACUAAAAACAUUGUAAACAUUAAAACCGGAAAUAAUUUUCGACCGGAAUUGUGACCAUGCCCCUUUAAAGUAAACUGUUUUGUAAACUGAACUUCUCUGAACUUACAUUUUUGUAGCCGGUCACUUGACUGAUAAACAACUGUUCUUAGUGCUUAAGCACAGAACCUAUUCAGUGACAAAACAAGUGUUCCUUAUGCUGAGGUGCUGAAUCUGUUCAACAGACAGAACAACUGUUCUAGUGCUGAACUACAGAAAUUGUUCAUGUGACAGAACUCUUCAGUGCUUCAGCACUGAACCUGUUCAAGCGACAGAACAUAUGUAUUUAGUGCUUUAGCAGGGAGCAAGUUAAUGAGACAAAUCAGCUGUUUUCAAUGACCCAGCCAUGAGCUAUCCUGUUUUGUGUAUUAAGUGCUCCAGCCAUGAGCUACCCUGUUUAAUGUAUUUAUUUGUUGUAACAGAAGGAGAGUCCAGAUCACUGAGAAGUGCUAUAUGCCAGUAUUGAUAUUUCUUGUUACAAUGUACAUUUGUUCAUGUUCGGCUUUGUAGUAUGCCUUGGAUUAUGUGAUAUGUUAUUUUACGUAAUAAAUUUUAUCUAUUCUGUCCAUACCUG